GGGGUAUAUACUAUGGCUCAGAAUGUCUGAAUUUAUUUAAAUAGUGGGGAGCGAGGCACAAUAAAAAAAUAAUAAUAUAAUAGUUUCUGCCCUAUUGUUUUAUGUCAUUUUUUAUUGGAAAGAAAUUGUUAAAAAUCAAAUUUCCUUUUAGAAUGGAAUUUUUAAAGCAAUAUGCUCCUGAUACAGUGAGUAGACAAAGGAAGAAGAUAAACUUUCCGUCAGCAGACAGAAAUAAAGAACCUAUCCUAGAAGUGCUCAAACAAUAUUUUGAUAAUACCAUCGAAGGAAAAGUUAUAGAAAUUUCAUCUGGAACUGGCCAACAUGCAGCAUAUUUCGCUCCACAUUUUCCAAAAUUAACCUUCCAACCAACUGAAAACGAAGCCUCUUUAUUAGAAAGUAUUUCAGCUUAUGCGGCAGAUACACCCACGAAAAAUGUCAAAGAACCACUUCAGGUAAACAUUGUGGAUGAUUGGACGAAGUGGAAUGUACCGAAUGACUUUGAUUACGCAAUAAAUAUAAACAUGAUACACGUUACACCGUUUUCAUGCACAAUUGGCCUUUUCAAGAAUAUCAGCGCUGUUUUAAAGCCGGGUGGAUUACUUGUUACAUAUGGAGCGUAUGCAAAUAACGGCGUUUUGGAACCUGAAUCUAAUAGAGAGUUCGACAAAAGUAUAAGGCAGAGGGAUCCAAAUUGUGGAAUAAGAGAUAUUCAAGAUGUCGUUAAAGUGUCAGAAUCUUAUGGAAUUAAACUUAAGGAGAUACUCGACAUGCCAGCAAAUAAUAAAUGUUUAAUUUGGCAAAAAGAUAAAGAAUGAAUAUUUUUAUACAAUAUAUAAUAUGUAAAGAAGAGUAAAGUAUUACG